AGAGCUUCCCUGCCAUGCUCCAAUCUUUCACAUUUCCCAUUUCUCGCUUCCCAUUUUUCACAUUCCCCUUCCUCCCCUUCCGGCUUUCCGUUACAGCGUUACUCUCUCUCUCUCCCCCUCCACACUCUCCUCACUCCACUUUCUGGACUUCCUGUCUCAGAACCAGGUUUCAUUCGAUGCAAUUUACUCUCGAUUGGAUCGGUUUCGUCGUUCAUCGGUCCUGGGUCCAAUCGAAUCCAAUUCCCUGAUUUCGAGAUUUGGGUUUUCAUCGAUUUGAACAUUUUUGGUCAAACAAGAAAAAUUUAUCAUGUAGGUUUGGUCAAACAAUAGCUCCCACUGAGCUCAUUUGACACUGAUCCAAAACAAAGGAUUUGUGUUUGAAAGCUUAGAUAUGGCCAUGGAGAAACGUAUUGAGACAGAAGCUAGCUCGUUUUUGAGUUUGUCUGCGGCCUUGUCGUAUGGGGCUGCUUCCAUGGCAAUGGUUUUUAUCAAUAAAGCAGUUAUUAUGGAGUACUCACAUUCAAUGACCCUUCUCACAAUGCAGCAAUUGGCAACUGCUUUGCUUAUACAUGUUGGUCGAAGAUUGGGAUACACGAGAUCAAGAGGACUAGAAAUGUCCACCGCGAAAAAACUUCUCCCUGUGUCGCUUUUCUAUAAUGCUAAUGUGGCGUUUGCUUUGGAGUUAAAGGGAGUUAACAUUCCCAUGUAUAUUGCAAUCAAAAGGCUCACACCGCUUGCUGUGCUUGUAGCUGGAUUCUUCUCAGGGAAGGGGAGACCCCCAAUACAGGUGUGUCUUUCAGUAUUAUUGACUGCAGUAGGGGUUCUGAUAGCUGCACUUGGAGAUUUUUCAUUUGACCUUUUUGGAUAUAGCAUGGCCCUUACUUCUGUUUUUUUCCAGACCAUGUACCUUGUGUUGGUGGAGCAAUCUGGUGCGGAAGAUGGGCUAUCAUCAGUUGAGAUCAUGUACUAUAACAGCUUUCUGUCUCUUCCGUUUUUUAUGCUUCUCAUUGUAGCUACAGGAGAAUUUCCAAAUUCUUUAUCAUUACUAAUUGCAAAGAGUAAUUCCUUAUAUUUUCUGGUGAUCCUCAUUCUUUCAUUUAUUAUGGGCAUUGCUCUCAACUUCACCAUGUUCUUAUGUACGAUAGUCAACUCCGCUCUAACAACAACCAUCGUUGGAGUCCUAAAAGGGGUUGGGUCCACGACCCUUGGUUUUGUACUACUGGGUGGCAUGCAAGUACAUGUUUUGAAUGUAACUGGACUGGUUAUCAACACAGCUGGCGGAGUUUGGUAUUCGUUUGCCAAAUAUCAACAGAGGAAGAGCAAGCCCGCAAUGCGGAUUGCAGAUGUGGAGGCUUAUCGUAAAUAAAGUUGAUACCAAAAGAUUGCAUAUGGUUACUAACAGCUCCUUUCUGUUUUUACUUUUUGCAUCUAUCUCCACCAAAACAUGGCAAUUAGUUCUUUGAAUGACAAUGAUGCACCGUAGAAAUGUUUAAACAUGUUCGGUUCACAGCAUAUCUGAAUUCAUUACUGUGCUCACAUGGUAGAGAUGUUCCUUGAUAAAACAAUUCAUCAUCCGUCGGUUUACAUAAGCUUCCGGUUGGUUUACUUUUGUCUUCUGUUCAGCGUUUAACCAAGAAAAACUGAUUCCAUUCGUUUGGGAUGUUGAAUGUGUAGAUUAUGACUAAUCGUAUGAAUUUGGAUGCAUUCCUUGACUCUACUGAAUCUUGAAAUUCAGGUAUUACAGAAAGCGAAUACCCCGGUUCAUGUUCUGGGAACGAUUAUUAUCCGUUGAGACGAAGGUCUUCCAGGAUUCAGGAUCUGGGAAUGGGUCUUCCGGCUCCUCCAUGCACAUGCACUUGUUUUCCUGUUCUUUCUAAUGCAAUUUUGGAACUCUCAGAUCAGUAAUUUCCUU